ACUGAAAGAUGAGCAAUUGAUCAGCUCGCAACGGAAUCUUCCAUCCCCCUUCCAGAGUUUAUACAUAAAUUCGCCGCUUCCGCUCUCUCGAGCAUUCCUUCGUCUCGACGAAAAACUUGAGAGAGAGAGAGAAGAAGAUUUUAUCCUCUUCGCUUUUCUAUCAUCUUCACUUAUUUCAAACCCUAAUUUUCUAUAUCCGAUCAUCAUUUAUUGUACAAACGGUAGGCAAAUGGCGUCAGGAUCAUCUGGUAGAACUGGCCCCGGUGGCUCUAAAGGGUUCGAUUUCGGUUCUGAUGACAUUCUGUGUUCAUAUGACGAUAUUGACAAUCAAGAAGCUCCUAGCGGCAACCUCAGAGAUCCUGUGAUGAGUGGCAGCUCGGGAAAGAUGGGGAGAUCAUCAUCAUUACGUGGCUAUAAUCAUCAAGAAGAACCCCUCAAUCAGGACCUGAUUUCUACUGUAGAAAAGACUGUGAAAAAAUAUGCUGACAAUCUACUUCGUUUCCUCGAGGGAAUUAGUAGUCGUUUGUCACAACUGGAAUUAUAUUGCUACAAUCUUGAGAAAUCAGUGGGAGAAAUGCGUUCUGAUUUGGUUCGAGAACACAGUGAAGCAGAUUCAAAGCUUAGGUCUCUCGAGAAGCACCUUCAAGAAGUCCACAGGUCUGUGCAAAUCCUUAGAGAUAAGCAAGAACUUGCUGAAGCUCAGAAAGAACUAGCCAAGCUUCAGCUUGUACAGAAAGAAUCUUCAAGCAUGAGUCAUUCGCAACACAAGGAAGAGGGAGGCACACAAUCUGCUUCUGAUAGCAAAAAAGUUGAUAGCGUGCCUGAAGGUCAGAACCUACAGUUGGCUCUUGCUUUACCCCACCAAGUGGCUGUGUCGUCUUCUCUCCCACGACCUGUGGAACAGCAGCAGGCUUUGGUGGCUCCACACCAAACCCUUCCUCAGAAUGUUCAUACUCAGGUUCAACCACCUUCCUACUAUCCCCCACAGAAUCAGUUGCCUAAUCCGGUGCCCCAAACUCAACUUCAACCUCAGGACCAAUAUUUACAACAAGCAGAUCCUCAAUACCAAAGGCCCCAAAUGCAAGACUUGUCCAAGCAGGCACCACAGCCAACACAACCCCCACAGCCUCAAGUCAGUCAGGCCCAGCAAAUGCAACAGUUUCUCCCUUACCAACAGCAGUGGCCACAGCAAUUUCCCCAACAGGUACAACAACCACAACCACCAUCUCUACAACCUCAGGUUAGACCACAGACAACACCAGUGUAUUCAUCCUACCUGCCUACUCAACCUGUAAACCCAUCUCCUGAAACCUUCUCAGGAAGCAUGCCAAUGCAGGUCUCAUUUUCUGGACUUCCUCCAUCUGGAGUUGGCCAUGCAGAAUCUAUGGCAUAUGGUUAUGGUGGGGUUAUUAGACCAACAGUACAGCCAUCUCUUCCUCCACAGCUUAACAUUCAGAGGCAACCACAGCCUCCAACCAACCAGAGUGCUUUUGGAGUGCAUCUCAGUGAUGGCUCCUUCUCAGGUGCUGGACCCCAUCCUCAGCCUCAAGGGCAAGGAUACAUGAUGUAUGAAGGUGAGGGUGGAAGAACUCAUCCACUUCCCUCACACUACCAACAAGGUGGCUAUCCUCCAACACAUGCCUCUCUCCAGAAUCCAAAGCCUUCUGCUGGUGGUAAUCUUUUGGUCCGCCAUCCUAGCUCAUCGCAAAUGAUGCGCAGCCAUAUGUAUAGUGAGAUGAUUGAGAAAGCUGUAAGCAUGGGUUACAUGAGAGAGCACGUUGCAGCCGUGAUCCACAGGUUGGAGGAAAGUGGGCAGCAAGUGGAUUUUAACAGUGUUCUUGACAGGUUGAAUGUGCACUCAUCUGGUGGUUCUCAGAGGGGAUGGUCUGGCUAAACUCCAUCUCUCUAUUCCACCUGUGUAGCAGUAAGUACGGUUUUACUAUGUUUGGUGCCUUGAAUAAGGUUGACAUGGAAUGCGGAACUUCUCAAUGCAGACCUUAAAAGUACUCAGAUGAUUGUAUAUGUGUGGCUCUAUUCCAUGGCUUGGUCUUAUUUUAUUGCUAGGUCUUGGAUGUUUAUCAUGCUUUUUUCCUUUUGCUUUUUUGUUAUAGGUUGAUGCUUAUCAUGCUUUUGAUGUCCACGUACAAUGUUCUCAGUAAUACUGUAGUUGAAUAUAAAAACCCUGAUCAAUCUCUCUUC